AUGUCUGCUCCUGCGAGAUUGGGGAUCAGUUACGGGAACCUCAGCCUGGCGGACUAUGUGGCGCUAAACUACAUGGUGAUGCAUCUGGGAGUGCUGGAGAAGUUCAACAUGUACGGGACCAGAUGUUUGACCAAUGAGGAGGCAGAAAUAUUGGCUCCAACAAUGGUCGUAUCACAACAAAUAACGUUUUCACAGUGCUCGUUUGAGAAUGGUGCGGUGUCUGUUUUGGCCUCUGCUCUCUGCAAAGGAACCUGUAAGAACCUGGAUCUCUCAAACUGCCGCCUCAACGUCGGACAGAUUCAAAGUCUGUGUACAGGACUGCACAGCUGCAAACUUAAAUCACUUAACCUUUCCAAUACUGGGCUGACAGCGACAUCGUGUGCAGAGUUGGAACCUGCUUUGUGCUCCGUGACCUCCCAGCUGAACGUUCUAGAACUCUAUGGAAAUAAAAUCGGGGACGAAGGUUUGAAGAAGAUUUGUGAGGCGCUGCAGAGUCCACACUGCGCCAUAGAGUCACUGCUCUUAGACUCUUGUGGUCUGACCGCAGCAUCAAUGGACCAUCUGUCAACGGCAAUGUGUUCUGGUCACUCACGGCUUCAAACCCUCAACCUGUCAAGAAAUGAAGUUCGAGAUGAAGGGGUCGAAGUCCUGGCUAAAGCUUUACAGCAUCCACUGUGCAAACUGGAAAGUCUUCGCCUUUAUGAUUGUUGGCUGUCUGAAGGCUGCUGUCCUCAUCUGAUGGAGAGUUUGAUGUCUCCGCAUUGUUCUCUGGUAGAAAUUGAUUUGUCAGUGAAUGAAUUUGGCCAGGAGGGGGCGCUGAUGCUGUGUCAAGCCCUCAAAAGACCCGGUUGCCCAAUAGAAAAACUCAGCUUGGUGAGGUGUGAGUUAACAGAAGUGGUGUUUGUUGAACUGGCUGCGAUGUUGAAGAAAGGGUCUCCUCCUCUCAAGUACUUGGCUGUGGGUCUGAAUAAAGUUGGGGAUGAGGGAGUUCGCCAUCUCUUGGUCGCUUUGAGACAUCCGUCCUGCGAGCUGGAGGAAUUGGAUGUGGAAAUGACAGAGUUGACGGAUGCUUGUAUCGAAGACCUGUGUGCUGCAGUAAAAGACUCAAAGACACUGAAAAAACUUCAACUCCAAAAUAACUCUCUCACCGAUGUGUCCGUCCCGGCUCUCGUCAGCGUCGCGAAGGCCAGUCCCAACAUGGAACAACUCAACGUCAAGUACAACGACUUUAGCGAGGACAUGUUUGAGAUUUUUGAAACCUGUUCAAAAGUCCGAUAUUAA